AACAUCCCUUCAGCCUCGUCCUACUCUCACAGUCGCCGAUCCCUGAAACCCAUGGCCUCAUUCGCCGCCAGGUCCAUGCUCCGCUCCGCCGCCGCCAGAACCACCACUCUGGGUUCCCGGGUCGCCUCCGCUGCCCGACCCAAACCCGCCGCCGCACCAUUCAGCAUCCCCAAGCAAAACAACAACCCCAUCUCUCACGCCCUUUUCAGGUCGCCUGUGGAGUUGAGCUGCUGCGUGGAGUCGUUACUUCCCUACCACUCUGCCACAGCCUCUGCAUUGCUCACUUCCAUGCUCUCCGUCUCGCAACGCUCUUACGGUUGGACCCCUCAAGGCAAUGAUGAUUCCUAAUCAGCAGACUUCAGAGUUUGGCAUAAUGGACACUUGUUUUACCGUUUUGAAAUCAAUAUGGUUCCAGUUACUGGAGAUCGGGCUAUAAUCUCAACUUAUGUGUUCGGCUUGCCCACUAAUAUUUCCCGAUUCAUUCUCAGUGAUUUCAUCUGAAUGAUCGGAAUCAAGCUGUUUAUUCGUUAAUUCCUUUGGUCUAUCUUAGGAUUUCUACAUUGAACCGAAAAUGUACAUGUGAAGGAGAUGGAACAAUGAAAUGAGAUGACCAAAUUUAAGAUAAUGCUUCGAGUUUUCAACUAAGAACCUCAAAAUUAUAGGUGUGUAAUGUGUAAGGCUUUAAGCGGUGGCAGUAACCUUGUAUGGUUUUUCAUCAUAUAGAUUUUACAGUCAAUACGAAAACAGUUAAUGUGCC